AUGCACGCGGGUAUCGACUACCAGCGCUACCUCGCCGAGAAGGAGGCCACCCACGCGGAGUGGAAAGACUGGGAGAAGAAGCACGGCGCCAAAGCAAUCCAACUCGGCCUCAUGCCCACGUCCGAAGAGCGCAGCAGCGUCGACUACGAGGAGGACAUGCGCCAGCGCAUCUUCCUGAGCAAGCAGGACGUCGAGCGGGCCCGGGCCGCCAACCCGCACGCCAACUUCUCCAUCGACGUCGUCUACUCCAUCAUGACCAAGGAGGAGUUCGCCACCAAGAUCAUGAACUCGUUCGCAAAGGGCAACUCCACCAUAACAACGCGCCUGCCAACUCCGAAACCCCGCAACCUUCGAGCCCAGUACAACUUCACCUCCAGCACUAACAAUGAAGCAGUUCCUCUGGGCGAGAGCAUGGCCGCCGCCAAAUUCCCCGUGACGGCCAUGUCAGCGACCUCGGCAACCCGCAGCCCCUCGUUCGGACGUCACGGCUCGCCGGCAGCGUCUACAAAAAAACAGUCGGUCUCAACUAAACCAACAUCCAAACCUAUCACCGCAUCCAAUGAGGCAGCAACCGUGACGCAAACUGUCGACUGGAGCAGGUCGGCGUGCAUGUCACCCAUCCAGAACCAGGGUCAGUGCGGAGACUGCUGGGCCUUCGCCGCGACUGCAGCGGUCGAGUCGGCUCAAUGCAUCGCUGGCGGUCAGAAGUCCCUUCACAAGUACUCGGAGCAGCAGCUCGUGAGCUGCAACACGCAGAACCACGGCUGCAACGGCGGCGCGCCUCAGUACGCCUUCGACUACAUCCUCAAGAACGGCGGCUUCUGCAGUGAGACCGCGUUCCCGUACGCGUCCUCGGAGGGCCACGUCCCGUCGUGCGCUAGGUGCAACAACGCCAACACGGGCAUCAAGGACUACAAAGUUCUGGACAAGGGCGACGAGGCCGGUCUCAUCCAGGCGAUCAACCAGCGACCGACGGUCGUGACGGUGGCCGCCGGCAACGAGGCGUGGAAGCAGUACACUGGUGGUGUGCUGUCGAGCUGCGACACCAGCGCGCUGGAUCACCUCGUGGUGGCGGUGGGCUACGACGCGACGAGUCUCAAGAUCCGCAACUCGUGGGGCGACAACUGGGGCGAGGACGGCUACAUCCGCCUCAAGCGGAAGGCAUCCGGAUCCGGAACGUGCAGCGUCUUGCAGCAGAUGGUGCCGCUCGAGGUCUAA